AUGGAUAUAUCAAUCGUUCUUUAUGCAAAGUGGCAAGAUCCUCGAUUGCACUGGUUCCAUGAUCAAACUGGUUUUGUGACUGAACUAUCUAUUGACCCUUCGCUCAUCUGGACACCUCCUAUUGAGAUCGUCAACUUAGACUUAUGGAGGAAUUUGGGCAAAAAAACGGACUUCAGCUGUGUCGUCAAUAGCUUCGGUAUCGUUAAUCAGGCGUAUAAGAUACGGCUAGUAACUGCUUGUGAGAUGUCAUCAAAAUUUUAUCCAUUUGAUGUUCAAAAUUGCUCAGUCAAUUUCGCUACCCCCUCACAAACUCAAGACAGACUUAUUCUCGAUAUUCGACAAUGGAAAAUCAAGAACACCGAUUCGUUCAUUCAAUCCUAUAAUCUACCCUUUACGAUUUCAUACAAUGAAACAAAGCUUGACCUCUUGCAGAAUACUUUUUACGACGGGAAUCCAGCCUGGGAGCUUUUAAAUUACAAAGCUCCACGACUGCUAUUUCUCUUUCUUUUGACUGUCAUUGGAAGUGUUUAUGCUCACAUAAUUAUAACCGUGAGUUUAUGGUGUCAGGACAAAAGUGAGGACCGAAUCUUCGAGUUCUCUAAACAUCAGGCUAAAUUUGCUUUGCUCUGCGCUCGUUUCUUCGAAAAAUUUAUUUGUGGAAAGUAUACGAUUCCUUCGGUUAUUUUACGAAAAUGCGGAGUAGAGAGGAAAAACACUGAUAAUAACGAUGAAAACGAAGAAUUUGAAAAAUAUCAAAAAGCUUGGAUAUUUUAUGCAAAGAUGCUUUCCCACUUUUGGGCUUUGAUUUUGACUGUUACCAUCAUUACUGUAACGUUCGGUAUCAUUAUCGAUCUUCAUGUUCAAAGUUCAAAAGUACUUGACGAAAUUUUUGCGAACUAA